AUGUCGAAUACGGAAAAGUUUAACGAUGAUGAGGUGUCGAUUGAUAUAAACAUGGGGGAAAUCGACAGCAGAUUGGUAUACACUAACGAUUAUAGUAAUAGGUACAAAAAGCUACCGAGAGCCACGUUAGAACAAAAGAUAACAGUUUUGGAUUGGCAUCACAAAUCUGAACGUAAAUGUCAGCAAUAUACAGUAGGACAUUUUCAGAAGCUUAACCUUUUUAGUGUGACAAAGUCGACAAUGAAUAGAUGGGUGCUUAACGAGGAUGAACUUCGCAAACAGUAUGAAAAUUUGACAUUGAAUAAUGUCAAGUCUUAUAAGACUCGUCCUAAGUUCAAAGAACCAUUGGUGAAUCGAUGCCUUGAAAUUUUGUAUGAGCAAAGGUGUUUAGAGAAUUCACCACUGAGCGAGAAGCAACUUAUUGCGAAAUGGGAAGAUUUUUAUGGGCUGAUCCACGGUAAUCUGGAUGAUUCGGUUGCACGUCGAUCCAAUGGAUGGGUUCAUCAUUUUAAGAAGAGAAACGAGGUGAAAAGAGACAUUAUCAGACGGUAUUACAAGGAAAUUGGCGGAUCGAGAGAAUCAAAUUCGAUGGAAACCGAAAGACUUCGACUACGGACGAAGUUGAGCCAUUAUGAACCUGAAGACAUUUUUGAACUCGACGAAGUGUCCUUUGACUGUGUGGCUGAAUGUUUAAAGCAGAGAGAAGCAAGCAGAAAUGGCAAGAAAGUAAUUGUUGCAAUACUGCUUAAUAGCACUGGAACUGAGGCACCCGUUCCAUUGGUUGCAUCGACAGAUGGAGAGGCCAAAUAUAGUUCGUGUCAGCACGGCGUAUUGACAUCUGAACUACUCUAUAAAUAUCUUCAGGAUAUUGAUAGUGAAAUCACUCCGGGUAGACGGAUAGCAGUAUUGUUGAAUGGAUUUCGAGCACAUAUGAUACCGAGAGAUAGCUUUGAUCAUAUAGAUUUGGUUUAUUACUCCAGAAUUAGCAGGGACAUUCAACCAAUGAAUAUGGGAAUAAUGAGGAGCUAUAAAUUGUUGGUGAAGAGUAUCUAUUUUCAGAAAGUCCGACAGCGCCUAAUAAUAGGUGGGAAGGAAGGAUAUCUCAAAGAUUCAUUGGUGAUAGAUGGAAAAGAAUUGAUGAACGAUGCUAUGAGAUCAUAUAGACAAAUGCAGAAGCAGAAGGAAUCACAGAUAUUUAUUAGAGGCUGCUUUGAAAAAUCGGGAUUGAUAGGAAAUUUCGAAGAAGGAAUGGAGAAACAGUUUACUACGUGGAAGAGAGAGGAUUUUAAAAGAGAAGAGCAGCUCAAAUUGAUCUUUACUAUGCUUGACAGAAAGAGACUUUUAGCUGAGAGCUUUACGGAGAAUUCAGUAAGACAUCUGAAUAAUGGAGAGGUGGAAAUAGACAUUAAUAAAGUGAUUUUCCCGAAGAGCGAACAAGUCGAAAACAUUGAUUUAUCAGACAUUGAUAUAGUGAGAUUAGCAAAGUUGGAAAUUGAGAUUCAAAGUAGUUCAAAUAUGGUUAAAGAUGAAGUGAGAAGGCAGAAUGAGGAUUCCAAGGCUAACUUUGAUGCGAUGGAAUCUGUUCAGGAGUAUCUCUCGAAAAAUGAAGGGACAGAAAGACUUAUGGAGUUGGCACAACAGUAUUAUAAAAACGUUAGAAAGAAGGAAAAGCAGAAUGGAGAUGAUCCAGUAGAGAAAAGAAGAUCCAAAAGAACCAAGAUAUCAUAA